AUGUCGGAAACUAAUGCCACUUCUGCUGAUGAUGAAUUCUCCACCUUUGAGACAGCCGGCGACGCCGAAGACGACUUUGGUGAAUUUGACGACUUUACAGACUUUGCUAGCGGAAAUGCAGUUGACGAUAAACCAGAGAUAGCGCAAGAGAUCGACAGCGAGAGUGCAAGAAAGGGUGACGAAACAGGAAACGCUUUUGAAGAAAGUGGAUUCAAUGAUGUACUUAGCAUUGCGGAUACAGACAAUAUGAAUAAUGGUCUAUCGAUCGGGGAAACUGUGAUAGAUUUGGACGAGGCAAUAGCGAGUAUUGCCAAGGUCGAACCGAAACAGAUACUGGAGGUGAAUCCUCGAAGUCUGAAUAUAUGGAAUAAAUUAUCACCUGACAUCAACGAGACACUGUUUCAAUGGAAACAUUCUGUCAUAAGAAAGUCGUUCUAUUCAUCUUUGGGAGUUGAAAUUAACACAUUAAUUCAAGCGAAACCAAAAUACGGGACGAGACCACAAUCGCUACCCUCGGUGCCUCCUCAAUCAUCAUCACAGCUGCAAUCGUCUCGACCACACUCUCUAGCAGUCAAUUCACAUUCAACACCUAAUACCAUAAACAACCAUCACUCGAAAGAAUCUGCUGCAACUGUGACGAUUGUCAAGGAAGUCGACGUUGAGCUUAUAAGGACAUUAUGUACAGUAAAUGAGGAAACACUACAGUCGUACUCGACUACUCAAUUACAUGCACUGAUAAAUCAACUCUUGUCACUAACUAAACAAACAUCAGACGUUCUCACCUAUUGGCUAGACCAAAGAGAGCAAACUGUCAUGGAUUCGGAGACAUAUAAUCAAAUGAUAGAGUGUCUUGUUGGUCAUGCUCAGAUGAUUAGAGACGGUAACCAGAAAGAAGUAUCUAAAACAAGUAUAUUUGAGAGCAAAUUGAGGAAAUGUAUGUGA